UCUUUUUCCCUGUGCAAGAUGAAUGCGUCUCUCUCCCUGCUCUGAGAUGUUGAAGGUGUACUGCUGUUUAUGACAAACCCAGGAGAAGAAGCUUUAUAAAAUGGCUCAAACCAGCUUGCUGCAGGGAAAGCAGUUUUACUGUAGGGAGUGGGUUUUCCACAAGCUUCAGCACUGCCUCCAGGAGAAAGCUAACUGCAGCGGUAGUGCUGCCAACAAACCAUCUCUUGUAGCGAAUUCUGGGAAUAAUACCGGUGUUGUCACUGGGAAAGGAGCUGCCUGGGGUGUAUUGUUGGUAGGAGGGCCCGGUAGUGGGAAGACGGCUCUCUGUACUGAGUUACUGUGGCCAAGCUCACCUGCGAACCUACAAAGAGGCUUACAUCGUCAGGCUCUAGCCUUCCAUUUCUGCAGGGCCCAAGACUCUGACACGCUGUGUGUUGGAGGGUUUAUUAGAGGUUUAGUUGCACAAAUCUGCCGCAGUGGACUGAUCCAGGGAUAUGAGGACAAACUAAGAGAUCCUGCUAUUCAAAGUCUCUUGCAACCCGGGGAAUGUGAGAGGAACCCUGCUGAAGCAUUUAAAAGGUGCAUUCUGCUCCCUCUCUUGGGAAUGAAGCCCCCUCAGCAGAGUCUCUUCCUGCUCGUAGAUUCAGUUGAUGAGGGCUGUAACGUUUCCGAGGGUGAACAGACUUCUACGAGUUUGUCUGGAACAAUAGCGGAGCUUUUAGCUGGCCACUUUGAGUUCUUCCCUCCCUGGCUGCUCCUCCUGUGUUCUGCCCGUAAGCAGAGUAAGGCUGUUACAAAAAUGUUUACAGGUUUUCGAAAAAUAAGUCUGGAUGAUCUGCGAAAGGCUUAUAUUGUGAAAGAUGUGCAGCAAUAUAUUCUGCAUCGUUUAGAUCAGGAAGAAGCACUGAGACAACAUCUCACAAAAGAAACUGCAGAAAUGCUGAAUCAGCUUCACAUCAAAAGCAGCGGUUGCUUUUUGUACCUGGAACGCGUCCUAGAUGGAGUUGUGGAGAAUUUUAUUAUGUUACGAGAGAUCCGUGAUAUUCCGGGAACGUUAAACGGCCUAUACCUUUGGCUCUGUCAGAGACUUUUUGUGAGAAAACAAUUUGCAAAAGUCCAGCCUAUUCUUAACGUAAUUCUUGCAGCCUGUAGGCCGUUAACCACGACUGAAUUGUAUCACGCGGUGUGGACCAAAAAUAUGACGUUGACGAUGGAAGACUUUCAACGCAAGUUGGAUGUCCUGUCGAAGGUCCUUAUUGACGGACUUGGGAAUACAAAAAUCUUGUUUCAUUACAGUUUUGCAGAAUGGCUGCUAGACGUGAAGCACUGUACACAGAAAUACUUGUGUAACGCAGCAGAGGGACACAGAAUGCUGGCGAUGAGUUACACUUGCCGAGCAAAGGAUUUAACGCCGUUAGAAGCUCAAGAGUUUGCGUUGCAUCUAAUUAAUUCAAAUCUACAGUUGGAGACUUCGGAGCUGGCGUUAUGGAUGAUAUGGAAUGGCACGCCUGUCAAAGACUCCCUGUCGACCUUGAUUCCUAAAGAACAAGAAGUAUUACAGCUGCUGGUAAAAGCUGGUGCUCACGUCAACAGCGAGGACGACCGCACGUCUUGCAUUGUCCGGCAGGCUCUGGAGAGGGAGGAUUCCAUUCGCACCUUGUUAGACAACGGAGCGUCAGUAAACCAGUGUGAUUCCAAUGGGAGAACGCUCUUGGCCAAUGCAGCGUACAGCGGCAAUCUCGAUGUCGUUAACUUACUGGUUUCAAGGGGAGCCGAUCUAGAGGUAGAAGAUGCUCAUGGGCAGACAGCGCUUACCUUAGCUGCUCGCCAGGGCCAUACCAAGGUGGUCAAUUGCUUGAUCGGAUGUGGGGCUAACGUUAAUCACACUGAUCACGACGGCUGGACGGCCUUGCGAUCUGCGGCGUGGGGUGGGCACACAGAGGUGGUUUCUGCCCUCCUUUAUGCUGGGGUCAAAGUGGACUGUGCAGAUGCUGACAGUCGAACGGCGCUGAGGGCAGCAGCUUGGGGAGGACAUGAAGAUAUUGUGCUGAAUCUGCUUCAACACGGUGCUGAAGUUAAUAAAGCUGAUAACGAGGGCAGAACAGCUUUGAUUGCAGCCGCCUACAUGGGGCAUAAAGAGAUCGUGGAGCACCUGCUGGAUCAUGGUGCAGAGGUAAACCAUGAGGAUGUGGAUGGAAGGACUGCGCUGUCUGUCGCUGCGCUUUGCGUACCAGCCAGUAAGGGACAUGCCUCAGUGGUUAGUCUUCUCAUUGACCGUGGUGCUGAAGUUGACCAUUGUGAUAAAGAUGGCAUGACUCCACUGCUGGUAGCUGCUUAUGAAGGACACGUAGAUGUCGUUGAUCUACUUCUCGAAGGAGGAGCUGAUGUUGAUCACACAGACAACAACGGCCGUACGCCACUUCUGGCAGCAGCCUCCAUGGGCCACGCUUCAGUUGUAAAUACUCUCUUAUUUUGGGGUGCAGCUGUCGAUAGCAUUGAUAGUGAAGGGAGAACAGUUCUGAGCAUAGCCUCUGCACAGGGCAACGUUGAAGUCGUACGGACUCUGCUGGACAGGGGGCUAGACGAAAAUCAUAGAGAUGAUGCAGGCUGGACGCCUUUGCAUAUGGCAGCUUUUGAAGGUCACAGGUUGAUCUGUGAAGCUCUUAUCGAACAAGGUGCUAGAACAAAUGAGAUUGAUAAUGAUGGGCGUAUACCUUUCAUAUUAGCUGCACAAGAAGGUCACUAUGACUGUGUGCAGAUAUUACUGGAAAAUAAAUCCAACAUUGAUCAGAGAGGCUAUGACGGGAGAAAUGCUCUCCGGGUUGCUGCUUUAGAAGGUCACAGAGAUAUAGUUGAACUACUGCUCAGCCAUGGAGCAGAUGUAAACUACAAAGAUGCUGAUGGCCGGCCAACACUUUAUAUCUUAGCGUUAGAAAACCAGCUCACCAUGGCUGAGUACUUUCUAGAAAACGGUGCAAACGUAGAAGCAAGUGAUGCUGAAGGAAGAACGGCACUCCAUGUUUCCUGCUGGCAGGGCCAUUUGGAGAUGGUACAGGUGCUGAUAACAUACCAUGCUGAUGUGAAUGCUGCAGACAACGAGAAGAGAUCUGCUUUGCAGUCUGCUGCAUGGCAAGGUCAUGUGAAGGUCGUGCAGCUUCUCAUUGAGCAUGGAGCUCUGGUUGACCAUACGUGUAAUCAAGGUGCUACUGGACUCUGCAUUGCAGCCCAAGAAGGGCACAUUGACGUUGUCCAGAUAUUACUGGAGCAUGGUGCUGAUCCAAAUCAUGCUGACCAGUUUGGGCGCACUGCUAUGCGCGUUGCAGCUAAAAAUGGACACUCUCAGAUUAUUAAAUUACUGGAAAAAUACGGUGCAUCUACUCUGAAUGGUUGCACUCCAUCUCCAGUCCACACAAUGGAGCAAAAACCCUUACAGUCCGUCUCCACUAAAAUGCAGUCGUUAACAAUGAAGUCAAAUAGUUCAGGGAGUACCGGUGGAGAUAUGCAGCCUAGUAUGCGUGGCUUAUCUAACGGGCCUGCUCAUGCCUUCAGUUCUCCUUCGGAGUCGCCCGAUUCUACGGUCGACCGUCAGAAGUCCUCUUUAUCAAAUAAUUCCCUGAAAAGUUCCAAAAAUUCUUCUCUCCGCACCACGUCGUCGACUGCGACUGCUCAGACGGUGCCCAUCGAUAGUUUCCACAGCCUCUCGUUCACAGAGCAAAUACAGCAGCAUUCCCUGCCACGCAGCAGAAGUAGGCAGUCUAUUGUUUCUCCUUCUUCCACAACUCAUUCCCUAAGUCAAAAUCAUAAUUCACCAAGUAGUGAAUUUGAAUGGAGCCAAGUAAAACCUAGUUUGAAAUCAACUAAAGCUAACAAAGGAGGGAAGAUGGAGAACUCCAGCAAAUCUGGGUCAGCUGGAAAAAAAAUAAAACAAAGUAGUUCCUCCCAACCAAAAGUGUUAGAGUAUGAAAUGACUCAGUUUGAUAAACGAGUACCUAUUGCUAAAUCUGGGACAAACGUGCCACUUAAAUCAGUGCCGGCAGAGCCGCAGUGCAAAAUUUUGGUCCCACCCGCUCAGCAAGAAGUUGGUCGAUCUCAGCAACAGUUCCUGAUUCACCAACAGAGCGGAGAGCAGAAGAAGAGAAAUGGAAUUAUGACGAAUCCAAAUUACCAUCUUCAGAGCAAUCAGGUUUUUCUCGGUAGGGUUUCUGUCCCGCGAACAGUGCCGGACAGAGGGCAUCAGGAAGUGCUGGAAGGCUAUCCUCCCGCAGAGACAGAACUCAGCCUUAAGCAAGCCUUAAAACUUCAGAUUGAAGGUAGCGACCCAAGUUUCAACUACAAGAAGGAAACACCGUUGUAAAAGGCCAAUUCCCUGAUGCUAUGAACAGAAGCGCUUCUGCUCCGAAUGAAUUAUCAGCUGGCUGGGAUGAAAGCAUACAAUGCUUGUUUAGUCCACCUAGAAGUUCAAGAAUGUGAUUACUACAGUACAGUUACCUUAAUUACUGUAACGUGCCUACAUUUUCAGGCUGCCUUCUCAGUAUAACCCUCUGUGCUUCAAAAAUUUAUUUUGUGUACUUUGUAUUUAAUACACAGAAUGAGCACUUUUUUUAAUCGCAGGAAGAUACGUGCUGUAAUUUCCCUGACGACAGUUGAAAAUGGUAAGAACCAGGAAUUCUGAUUUGCUAUUCCAGAGCGCUUGGUAGAGGUGCAUGUGCCACAGCGAACUGCGUGUGGAAAGGCAGUGCUUUUUGUAUUUAUUUUCCUGUGGCUAAAGAAACUAAGCAAACUGUUACACUUGCAUUGUCGUAAUGUUUGGUCAGUUCCCUGUGUACUUCAAAAAGUUCUCUCCAGAAAUACAAGUCUUGUAACAGUAUUUUAUAA